CGUUACGAUAGAUAUACUUCAUGUGCAAUCAUAAAAAACUGUUAAUUUCAAGGAUGGAUUUCCUAAUUAUUAUUCUAGGAACGAUGGUUUCCUACCACGUAGCAAGUGCAGCACAGGCAACUCCACCAGACAACAGAGGAACAGAGUUCAUUCUGAUGUUUAUGGAGAACUUGAGACUAGGUACGCAGGUGUUUAACUUGGAACUUUACUGCACAACGCAGGAGAAGACACCAGUGUCCGUCCAUGUUACAUCGCCAUUGUGGAGCAGUCCGAAAGUAGACACCACGUUUUCUGUAGUUGAGGGACAAGUUCAGAAAGUGAUUAUUGCAUCGGAUUUAAGAAUGACUGGAAGUGGUGUAGACAAUAAAGCCAUUCUAGUGACCGCCAACAAAGAAGUGGCAUGCUAUGGUGCAAAUAAAGAAACCCUGUCGAAUGAUGGAUAUUUGGGCCUGCCCGUUGAUGCUUUGGGGACAGACUAUUACGCUAUUGUACAUAGUCCACCAACUAUCAAAGCUGAGGUCGGUCUUGCUUCAACGGAAGAUGGAACAAAUGUGAAGAUAACCCUGCCGUCCGGAAAUGGACCUACCGAUGUAACAUUUCAGGGAAAGACAUAUCAUGCAGGGGACACCAUUUCAGUGAACUUGAACAAAUUCCAAACGUUACAGAUUCAAAGUGAUGGUGACUUGACAGGUACGCAUAUUGAAGCUUCUCAUCCUGUCGCUGCAUUUAGUGGAAACAUAAAAACAAACAUUGGUAAGGGCAGCUUUUCUGACCACUUGGUAGAGCAGCUUGUUCCCUCGGACAGAUGGGGCAAGGAGUUUGUAACUGCGCCUAUUCCUGGACGAACAGUUGGAGAUGUAUUUCGAGUAGUGGCAAAGGAGGACAACACUGUGGUAACGGUUCCAGGUAAGUCACCGAUUCAUUUAAACGCAGGGGAGAGAGCAGUCUUCGAGAUUCCAUCAACCCAAUACAGUCACAUCACUUCCUCCAAGCCUAUAAUGAUGGCACAGUUUGUAAAGAGCCAGCAGAAUUCGACUGAACCCGCUGACCCGUCUAUGAUGAUCAUUCCUCCUUACGAACAGUUCGGAUCAGAUUAUACAUUCACUAUGCCAGAAUACUCUCACCCGGAGUAUGGAAACAACUCCAUUUAUCGGUAUCAAAACGAGUUCAUGAUCGUUGCCAAGAAGUCCGACAUAAGCGGUUUGCUUCUGGACGGGAAGCCAUUUCCACAGACGCAAUGGGUGGACAUACCUGGGAGCAACUUGGUUGGCUCGUAUGUUACGUUGCCUCAUGGUCCUCAUACAGUACGACACAGCGACCCUUUGUCCACGUUUGGUGGCUACCUUUAUGGACAUGCAUAUCACGAGUCGUACGGGUUUCCAACGGGGAUGCGCACAGCUAUUAUUUAUAAUCCAAAUUGCAAGCCGACGCCGAGUGUCCCAGGUGAUGGGAUUGAUAAUGACUGCGACAAUAAAAUUGACGAGGAGCUCUGUACGCUCGACAAUAAAAGAAAAGACGAUGACGGGGAUGGAAGAAUUGACGAAGACUGUGUGAAGACUACACCAAUUGAUGGUCAGUGGGGAAACUGGGGCACCUGGAGUUCAUCUUGCUCUGUUACAUGUGGUGAUGGCGUACUGACGAGGGUGAGACUAUGUGAUGCCCCGAAGCCAAAGUUUGGGGGGAUAAACUGCACGGGCAAUGACCAAGAAACAAAAUCCUGCUACAGUGGACAGCCUUGCCCCUUGGAUGUCAAUUCCUUUUGCUCUAAGAACAGCAGAGGGAUAGCCCCAAAUCCCGUAAAUUGUGCCCAGUACAUUGACUGCAGUCGAACCAGCCCCUUGGGUCAGCCCCAUCUGUUCGAGUGCCCAUAUCCUGACCUCUUUAACAAUGUCACGAUGCAGUGUGAUGACUUUGAACAUGUCCAGUGUGGGCGGAGAAUGGAGCCUAUGGACCCAUGUGACUACAUUCAGAACAAGUGUAAUGGUUCUGACCCAAACUGCCCACCAUGUCGGGACCGCUGGCCGACGUGUGUCGGUGUUGACGACGGAAAACAGCCACAGUCAGUAUUUGCCCCAGAGUACAAGGAUUGCAAGAAAAACCGCACCAUGGGCCAGGGAAAGUGCGCUAUCGGCUUCUUUAACCCCCAGCUGCAUAAGUGCACACCACACAAUCCAGGCACAUUGGGUUUCUAUUGCCGACAACACCCCACGGAACUUCUGGCAGAGCCUAGUAGCUGUGCCAAGUAUUACGACUGUUCCAAGAAAGGCCACACUUUGAAUGACUUUGUUGCCGAGUGCACCUACCCGGACCUGUUUUCAACCACGACAGGGAAGUGUGGGAACUUCACGUCGGUUUCCUGUCCACCCAGGAUGGAGCCACAAGCUCCUUGCCAGUACGACCAAAACAAAUGUCCAGCGGGUAACUCUACUUGCGUAUGUCCAGACAACCAUGCUGACUGCCGAAGUCAGCCAGACGGUCAGCAGUCAUGGCCGGGUAAACUCUGGGGGCCUCUGUAUGUGGAGUGUGACACCAACAGGACCCUUGGUCAACACAAGUGCAAGGAUGGGCUCUACUAUCACCCUGUACAAAAGAACUGUACUGAUGUCGUCCAGCCUUCAGAAAUCAAGGAUGUAUGUACUGCCAAUCCUAAGAUGGUCUACCCUGAUUCCCAGAAUUGCCAGAAAUACAUCAACUGUUCUGCCCAGAAUACGUUGCUAGGCAACCACAUUGUUGAGUGCACCUAUCCUGACCUCUUCUCUAUGACAACCAAGGCCUGUGAACAGUUCGAUACAGUCAACUGUGACAAGAGACACGAACCAAUGGCCCCAUGUGACUAUGACCAAAACAAGUGUUCCCCUGGCAACUCAACCUGUAACUGUCCUAACCUGUUGCCCAGUUGCGUUAGCAAAGCUGAUGGGAACCAGUCUUUCCCCUCCCACAUGUGGAAACCAGACUAUAUCACCUGCAACAAAAACAGGACAGUGAUUCCCACAAAGAAAUGUACCAAGGGGUACUUUCAUCCUGUCACCAAACAGUGCACUGAGCAAGUUGCAAAACCUGAUGCCAGUCCAUACUGCCAGGCCAAUCCCAGCGCCAUAUUUCCAUGGCCAGACAGCUGCGCCCAGUAUGUCAACUGCUCUGCUUUGGUGGCAGGGGGUGCAUCCUCAGACCCCGUAUCUGAGUGUAAAUAUCCAGACCUGUUCUCCACGACCACUAUGAAGUGUCAGGAUUUUGCAACUGUUCAGUGUGGACUGAGACCUGAGCCACAGGCACCCUGUGAAUAUAAGCAAAAUAAUUGCAGUGUGUCAGACCCCAAUUGUGUCCCUUGUCCUAGUCGACUCCCCAGUUGUGUCGGCAAGGCAGAUGGGAACCAGUCUUUUCCCUCCCGGAUGUGGAAACCAGACUAUGUAGAAUGUUACAAGAACAGAACAGUGAUUCCAACCAAGAAUUGCACCAAGGGGUACUUUCAUCCUAUCUUGAUGAUGUGUACCGAGGAUGUGAACAAAACGGAUGCCCCAGACUUUUGUCACGCAAACCCUUCUGCUGUUUUGCCUUUGGCUGACAAUUGUGCGCAGUUCAUCAACUGUACCACACUCUUGUCCGGUGCCACGCUGGACCCAGUGAAAGAGUGCAGAUACCCUGACCUGUUCUCCACCGUAUCCCUGCAAUGUGAGAAGUUUGAGUCUGUGACAUGUGACAAGAGACAUGAGCCGAUGGCCCCAUGUGAAUAUACGUCCAAUCAGUGCAAGCCGCAGGACCCUGGUUGUGUUCCUUGCACGUCACGUCUGCCAUCUUGCGUCACGUUGCCAGACGGGGUUCACGUAUUUGUAGGCAGGGAGUGGAAGGCUGACCACAUCACAUGCUACAAAAACAGGACCCAGAUACCGACAGACAAGUGUGCCAAUGGUUUCUUUCACCCUGUAAAAGAAAUAUGUACCAAGGACUUGGAUAAAGUUGAUGCCAAGCCAUACUGUCAGGCAAACCCAACGCACAUAGUUCCUAUGGGGAAUAACUGUGCCCAGUUUAUUGACUGUGCACGGGUGCUCAGCACUAACCCUACUAACCCAGUGAGUGAAUGCACAUACCCGGACCUGUACUCCACUGUGACAAGGUCAUGCCAGCGUUUCACCACCGUGACUUGUGACACCAGACCAGAACCUCAGGCUCCUUGUGAGUAUGAUCAAAACUUAUGCCCGGCUGGUAACUCAACAUGUGAGAAGUGCCUGGUUCGGUUACCCAGUUGUGUGGGUCUACGGGACGGCGCACAGCCUUUCCCCACCCGCCUUUGGCUGGCUGAUUAUGUGGAGUGCUACAAAAAUCGGACGGUUUCCGUGACUAAGUGCGUCCAGGGAACCAUCUUUGACCCCACACAGCAGGCCUGUGUGUCAGAUAUACCAAGAGACAAGAUGGACAGCUAUUGCAAGGCGUACCCGACGGCUGUGAUGGUGGACCCGAUCAACUGUGCAACGUAUUUCAACUGUUCCGCCCAGAACACGAGCCUCGGUCAUCACCUGAUGGAGUGUAAAUACCCGGACCUGUUCUCUGAGGUGACACACUCGUGUCAGGCCUUUGACACGGUCACAUGUCACACCAGGCAUGAACCCAAGGCUCCGUGUGAAUAUAAUCAGAAUCUGUGUAACCAGUCAGACCCGACAUGCCAACCAUGUCCCGAGCGACUUCCAAGCUGUGUGACCAUCCCAGAUGGGCAGCAAGCCAUCCCUACGAGAUUGUGGUCGGCCGAUUAUGUCGUCUGCAACAAGGAGAGGACGAUGGAAGUAAAAAAAUGUCAGACAGGAUAUUUCAACCCUGCCACUAAGAUGUGCCAAGACACUGUUACAAAACCCUAUGCCAAUCCGUAUUGCAAGGCCCACCCUAAUUCUGUGAUCGCCCUACCAAGUAGCUGUGCGGAAUACAUAAACUGUACGGCAUAUAUGGGUGGUCAGGCUGCAGACCCAGUGAUGGAGUGCCCCUACCCCCAGCUGUUUGAUAACAUCACCCUGACAUGUGGCAACUUUGAGAAUGUCAACUGUGGACAGAGACCUGAGCCUAUGGCACCUUGUGAGUAUCACCAGUACAUGACCAUGUGUGGCCCUGCAGACCCCUACUGUGUCCCCUGUGACUCAACCUACCCCAGCUGUGUGGGGCUGCCAGAUGGGGACCAGUCUUUUCCUUCCCGCAUGUGGAAACCAGACUACGUCACCUGCAACAAGAACAGGACGGUGAUUCCCACAAAGAAAUGUACCAAGGGCUACUUUCAUCCCAUUUUGAAAACUUGCAUGGAGGAUGUUAAUAAAACUGACGCAAACGCCUACUGUCAAGCCAACCCGCGGGACAUGUUGCCAAUGUGGAGCGACUGCAGCAAAUACUACAACUGUGCAGCUACAUUACGUGGCCAGGGCGUGGUUCAGGAGUGCACGUACCCAGACCUGUUCUCAACUUUCUCCCUGACUUGCCAGGAUUUCACAACUGUACAGUGUCAUAACAGACUGGAGCCACAGGCACCUUGUGAGUAUGAUGCAAACAUGUGCCCACUGAUGGACCCUAAUUGCGAGCCCUGUCCGAGUCGUCUCCCGUCAUGUGUAGCGCUGCCGGACGGGGAUGAGCCCGCUGUCACACACCGGUGGACCGACAUGUACGUGCACUGCUACAAGAACCGAACCAUGAAGAUCGAGCACUGCCCCACCGGGUCUGUGUUCAAUCCCGAUAAACUGGCAUGUGUCACCAAAAUCACCUCAGGUGACAUAGAUUCAUACUGCCGAGCCAACCCGAGGUCUGUGAAGCCCCAUGAGACGAACUGUGCCCAGUACUACAACUGCUCCAACCUACACUCAAGAUAUGGGAACUACAUACAUGAAUGUGACUACCCUGACCUGUUCUCCACUGUGACAUUGAGAUGUGCCCCGUUUGAAACUGUGCCUUGUGGAAAUAGACAGGAACCUCAGGCACCUUGUGACUACCUGCAGAAUCGCUGUGACGGGAGUGAUCCAGCGUGUGUGCCGUGUCCCGACAGACUGCCCUCAUGUUUGGGGCUUCCUGAUGGGAAAAACCCAGUCGCUGGGAAGGAGUGGAGCCAGAAUUACGUCGUCUGUCACAAGAACAGGACAGAGAAUGUGGGCCAGUGUAGUACCAAGUAUUUUCAUCCGAUGACCAGGACUUGCACAGAUUCACUAAAUAGAGGUGAUUUGAAGGAUUUUUGUAAGAAAAACCCAACAGCUAUUUUACCUGCGGAAGACAACUGUGGCCAGUACUUCAACUGCUCUGACCCCCAGUCACCGCUGGGGCCAUACAUCGGGGAGUGUUCAUACCCCAACCUCUUCUCCCGGUUCACAAUGACUUGUGGUCCAUUCAGGAAUACACUAUGUGACUCCAGGCCCGAGCCACAGGCGCCAUGCCAGUAUGAGCAGAACCUGUGCGCAAAGACCAAUCAGAGUUGUGCCCCUUGUCCGGACCGCCUCCCCAGCUGUGUGGGGCUCCCAGACGGGACUCAGGCAGACUCCACCCACCUGUGGGGCUCGCAAUACAUUGAGUGCUUCAUGAAUCGAACCAUGACAACAAGGAAUUGCCAGAAUGGCGGCUUUUUUCACCCAAGAUUGCGGAUGUGCAAGAAUACUGUCGACCCAGUGGAUGUCCCAGACUACUGCAAGGCCCACCCAGGGGCGGUAGUGACCAACCCAGACAAUUGUGCAGUGUUCUACAACUGCUCCCAGCCCCAGUCGGGCUACACCCAGGAGUGCCGUUACCCAGACCUGUUUGAUGAUGUGACCAAGAUGUGCCACGACUUUGAGCAUGUGGACUGUACCUCCAGACCUGAGCCCAUGGCCCCAUGUCAAUACAAGCAGAACCAAUGUAGCCCUACAGCCAUGAACUGUAUCGGCUGUGAUGUCCGGCUCCCAUCAUGUGUGGGCCUGCAGGACGGGAACCAACCAGUACCCAGCAGACUCUGGGGACCAGACUACCUCAAGUGUUAUAAAAAUAGAACAGUGGGGCAGGAGAAAUGUCAGACUGGCUUCUUCCAUCCGACACUGAAGAAAUGUACAACUGAUGUUGGUAAAAAUGGCAUAGCCCCUUUUUGUGAUAGACACCCAAGCGCUGUUAUCCCAUACCCGGACAACUGCGCCCAGUAUGUGAACUGUUCCCUGGUGACGCCCAGCGCCAUCCCCAUACAGGAGUGCACGUACCCUGACCUGUUUGCGGCCGACACUCUCACAUGUAGCACUUUCACCACUGUGGAUUGUGACACCAGGAUGGAACCUCAGGCACCUUGUGAGUAUGACCAGAACAAGUGUUCCCCUGGGGAUCUGAUGUGUUCCCCAUGCCCCCAAAGGCUGCCGAGCUGUGUUGGGACCACGGACGGGGCCCACGCUUUUACCGGCAGGGAAUGGACCAAGUUUUACAUAGAGUGUCUCAAAAACAGGACGGUGGCACUCAACACUUGUCCCACUGGAGCAGUGUUUGAACCAUACCAGUCAUCCUGUGUCUCAAAGAUUGACAAAAAUGCUGUCCAGUCAUUUUGCCAGCACAAUGGUCAGGCUAUCAAAGAGCACCCGGACAACUGUGCCCAGUAUUAUGACUGCUCCCAGCCAGCAAGCCCGCUAGGACCCUUCCUUAUGGAGUGUGACUACCCCAAACUGUUCUCCAUUCAGACUCUCACAUGUGUACAGUUUGAUAGUGUCACCUGUGGAGCUAGGAAUGAACCUAUGGCCCCCUGUGACUAUCUGAAGAACCUGUGUACACCCCAGAUGGUUGGCUGUGUGCCAUGCACAACCCGCCUUCCCACCUGUGACGGGCUUCCAGACGGUCCCCAGCCCUACCCAGGGCGCACAUGGCUUGCAGACUACAUUACAUGCAAUAAAAACAGGACCGUUUCCGUGGAGAAGUGCAGUCAGGGAUUCUUCCAUCCCCAGCUCAAAGCCUGUGUUAACCAGAUUGAUAACACCAACAUUGUGGAUUACUGCAAGGCCCAUCCCGGGGACUUUGUGACCGACCCCCAGAACUGUGCCCGCUACUUCAAUUGUAGCAACCCCCAAUCCCCCCUGGGCCCCUAUGUGGAAGAGUGUACAUACCCGGACCUGUACUCCCCCGCCCUACGAUCGUGUGUGCCGUUUGACACAGUGGACUGCCUGGCCAGACAUGAGCCAACCUCACCUUGUGAGUACCUGAGGAACCAGUGCUUUGCCCAGGACCCUCAGUGUGUCCCCUGUUCCCAGAGGCAGCCCUCCUGUCAGGGCCUCCCAGAUGGGCCCAAUCCUUUGGUGGGCCUCACAUGGAAACCAGACUAUGUCACGUGCAGAAAGAACAGGACAGUGCUGACAGAGAGGUGCAGCAAGGGAUACUUCAACCCCAAUACAAGGGCCUGUGGGACAGACGUCAACCCAGUUGACAUCGUGCCAUAUUGCCAUGCCAACCCCCAGGCGAUAGUUCCCCGGGUGGACAACUGUGCCCAGUACUACACCUGCAGCAGGGUGGUUGGGAAUGUGGCUUCUGUGGACGAGUGUACAUACCCCGACCUAUUCUCAAGGUCGUCUUUCAAGUGUGAACCAUUCGAGCAAGUGGACUGUGACUCCAGGCCCGAACCCCAGGCUCCAUGUCAAUACAACCAGAACCUAUGCCCGCCCAGUGACCCAAGCUGUACCCCUUGUGUGGCUAGGCUGCCCAGCUGUGUGGGGAUCCAGGAUGGCUACCAGCCUCUAGGGGGUCAGGCCUGGGGGUCAGGCUAUGUGCAGUGUAGGAAAAACAGGACCAUGAGCACUCAACAGUGCCCCCAGGGGUCGUUCUUCAGCCCCCAGGAACACAGGUGUACACAGAAUAUAAACUCAGUGGACAUAGACAGUUUCUGCAAGGCCCAUCCAACCAUGGUUCGUCCCCAUCCAACCAACUGUGCCAAAUAUUAUGACUGCUCGGCCUCUGCAUUCGGGGGUAACCUGCUUCGAGAGUGCCCCUAUCCCCAGCUGUUUGACCCCACGACCUUGACCUGCCAGCAGUUUGACAAGGUCACUUGUGGGGCCAGAUUUGAACCUGUCUCUCCCUGUGACUAUGCCACCCAUCAAUGCCCAGUAGGCCAGAUCAACUGUAUCCCAUGUACCCAGCGGCAGCCAUCUUGUAAUGGGCUCCAGGACGGGAACCAGCCUUUCCCGGGGUUGCUAUGGCAACAACAAUAUGUUGUCUGCAAUAGGAACCGGACCAUAUCCGUGGAGAGGUGCUUAGGCUCUCAGCUAUUUAAUCCAAAUACAAAACGCUGCAUUGAUGUGAAAGACCUUACAAACCCGGAGAUUCAGGACUAUUGCCGCGCCCACCCAACAGCAGUUCUUGCUGACCCGUCAGAUUGUUCCCGCUACUAUCAGUGUGGGGCAUUUAGUGCACAAGUGCACCAGCAGUGUCAGUACCCAGACCUGUUCUCUCCACCCAGCGGGAGAUGUGUCGCCUUCAGUCUUGUCGAUUGCCAGAAUCGGAUGGAGCCUGUGGCACCUUGUGAGUACGACCACAACAAAUGCAGCAGUGUAGAUGCUAACUGUGUACCUUGUAACCUCCGCUUGCCGGAUUGCCGAAACCUGCCUAACGGAGAUAAUGCCAUCCCCGGCAUGCUGUGGUCGCUCAACUACAUCAGUUGCCAGAGCAACAGAACUGUGGAGGUUAAGCGGUGCCGAACGGGGGUAUUCGAUCCAAACAUACACAGCUGUAGUAAUAAUGUAGGACCCAAUCACAUCAACGAUCUGUGUUUCUCCAACCCGACCGCCAUUGUCGCCCACCCAACAAACUGCGCCCAGUAUUUUGACUGCACCAAGGUGAGCACCCAGUUUGGGCACUACCUGGUCGAGUGCCCAUACCCACAGCUGUUUGAUGAGGCCAGCCUAACAUGUAAGAGCUUCCGGGACGUGCAGUGUACCAACAAGGCGGAGCCCAAAGCUCCUUGUGAGUAUUUCCAGAACCUGUGCCACGCGGGUAACCUCACAUGCACCCCAUGCCCAUCCCGCCUGCCCAGCUGUGUGGGGCUGCCUGAUGGGAACAACCCGCUCCCGGGGUCCACCUGGGCACCCGAAUACAUGACCUGCCAGACUGGGCGCACCUUCGCCAUACAUAGGUGCCCCUCUGGAGUGUUUGACCCCGCCAGGAAGAUGUGUCAGUCUAGUGUCCAGCCUGUUGACAUACCGCAGUACUGUCGCUCCAACCCCUCUGCGGUGCUCCCGGACCCCUCGAACUGUGGAAAGUACUACAACUGUAGCCACCCGGACACAGGCUACACUCAGGAGUGUAUCUAUCCACUACUGUUCUCGGACAAAACAAGCUCCUGUGACAACUUCCAGGAUGUACAGUGUGGCACCAGGCCUGAACCACAGAGCCCUUGUGAGUACACCCAAAACCAGUGUAAGACUGCCGACCUCGCUUGUGUCCCCUGCUCCCAGCGGUUCCCAUCCUGUAAGGGGCUGCCAGAUGGGAUCAAUGGGGCACCGGGCCACAUGUGGACAGACAUGUAUAUACAGUGCCAGAAGAACCGGACCAUUGCCGUACAGCACUGCCGACAGGGUUUCUUUAACCCGUUCAAGAAACAAUGUGUUGAGAAUGUAGAUCCAAGUCAAAUAACCCAGGUAUGUCAGGCGAACCCAACAGCGGUACUGCCCGACCCGACAAACUGUGCGAGCUACUAUGACUGCAGUGCCCGGGCGGGUCUCGGGGCGGGCUACAGGAAGGAGUGCAGGUACCCAGACCUCUUCUCCGUGGCAACUGGGGCGUGUGGGAAUUUUACAACUGUGGACUGUGAUAAAAGGCUCGAACCUCAGGCACCUUGUGAGUACAACCAGAACCAGUGUGUGACCUUCAACUGUCGUCCGUGCCAGGAGACACACGCUGACUGCCGAGGACAGCCAGACAGCUAUGUGCCGUACCCUGGCAAGCAAUGGACGGCUGAUUAUGUAUAUUGCCUCAAGAACAGGACCCUCAUCACUGCCCACUGCACCACCCCGAUGAUAUUUGAUCCCAUCACCAGGAAAUGCUCGCCAUACCUAGAUCCUUCUGAAGUUCCAGACUACUGUAAGACUCACCCCCAGGCUGUGAUCCCCCACGCCUACAAUGCAGCUCAGUAUUACGACUGUUCCCAACCGUCCCCAACCGUUGGUCCCCCGUACCUGCAGGAGUGUACAUACCCCGAUCUGUUUCAUGCGGGGAAUUCGAAGUGCCAAGGUUUCCCUACUGUACCAACAGACCAGAGACCUGUGCCCCAGGCUCCUUGUGAGUAUGCGAGGAACCAGUGCUCUGCCCAGGAUCCACAGUGUGUGCCCUGCCCCCAGCGCCUGCCCAGCUGUGUGGGGCUCCCAGAUGGACCCAACCCCAUUGAGGGACGGACAUGGAGCCCGGACUAUGUCAACUGCCACCUCAAUCGCACCUUGGGCACUGCCAACUGUAACUCCGGAGUUUUUGAUCCAAAUAAGAAACAGUGUAUGCAGCAGAACGCGCCUGGACCAAUGAGUAUAGCUGACCAGUGCAGACAAGACAGUACCCAGCUCAUUCCUGACAGUAGGAGUUGUGCCCUGUACUAUAACUGCUCCAAGAUCAUUGGCACACUCAGCCCCCUCCUACCUGCACAGCUAGAGGAAUGUGACUACCCCAAGCUGUACUCCACCCAGUAUCGACGGUGUCUAGACUUCCAGACCGUGCAGUGUGAUGACAGGCAUGAGGUUAUGGCACCAUGCCAGUAUCUCCAAAACCAGUGCACGGGCAACGAUGCCACCUGCAAACCAUGCCCAGAGAGGCUACCCAGCUGUAUUGGGCUCCCUGAUGGAAACAACCCUGUGCCUGGGCGGUUCUGGACGGAGGAGUAUGUGCACUGCUUCAAGAACCGCACCCUUGGGACGGAUCGCUGUCAGGGCAGUUACUUCAACCCUAACACACGGCGGUGUAGCAACGAUAUCUCUAGUGGUAACCUUGAUGACUACUGCAAACAGCACCCUACAGCAAAGGUGGCCAACACUGACAACUGUGCCCAGUUCUACGACUGUGCUGUGUCCACAUUCAGAAUUGGUAUCCCAGUUCCAGCUGCAAGCAAGUACAUCAGACAGGAGUGUCAUUACCCAGACCUAUUCUCCACAAUCACACAACGGUGUGAGACCUUUACCAAGGUCAACUGUGACAAGAGACCGGAACCUCAGGCACCAUGUGAAUAUGAACAGAACAAGUGCCAGUCAGGUGAUCCCUCCUGUGUAGCAUGCCCAUCACGCCUGCCCAGCUGUGUGGGGCUCCCUGACGGAAAUGUGGGCAUCCCGGGUCAGGAAUACACACCCAGAUAUGUCAACUGUCUCCUGAACCGGACAAUGGACGUCAAAAAGUGCCAGCAGGGAUUUUUUGACCCAGGCGUGAAGAUUUGUGUCACCGAAAUUAACUCUGGUAACAUUGGCCCCUACUGCCAGCGUAACCCCAAAGCUGUUCUACCCCACCCCACAAACUGUGCGUGGUACUAUGACUGCUCCAUCAAUGGCAUUACCAGACAGAGUGUCUACCCCUUCGACAUUGAGUAUGUUCAGGAGUGUCCAUACCCGGAUCUGUUUUCGGCAGCCACCAUGAAAUGUGAAAAUUUCAAGAGUGUCUCCUGCAGGGGGCACUUUGAACCUCAGGCUCCGUGUGAAUAUUUUAAGAAUCGCUGUGACCCUUCAGAGGCGAGUUGCAUCCCCUGCCCGAACCGACUUCCCAGUUGCAAGAGCCUUCCAGACGGACAACAGGUUGUCGCUAACCUCUACAAUCAUGAGCAAUACCUUGUGCAGUGUGACACAAGCCGCACCCUCUCCUCCCAGCUGUGUACCCCAGGUUCACUCCUGUGUGCGGGUAAACCAGCACUGACCACUCGUAGUCCUAUACUUACCACCCAGCCCAGGACGACCACUCCUAGGCCAACACAGCCGCAAGGUGUUUGUGACAUCCACCGAGGUCAAGUGGUAGGAAAUCCUGCCCAUUGUGGCCAGUACUACAACUGUACGCGUCUGUUCCCGCCAUACUUGUUUGAGUGCCAGUAUCCGCAGGAAUUCUCUGACAUCACACACCAUUGUGAAAACUUCAAGACAGUCUCAUGUAACGGAAGGACAGAGUACAAGGCUCCUUGCGACUAUACCCAGAAUGAGUGUCACAUUGGCUCCAUGUCCUGCUUACCCUGUCCCCAAAGGAAGCCUUCAUGUGUUGGGGUGUCUGACGGGAACCACCCCUUCCCUGGGCGGGAAGGGACAGCCAGCUACAUCACAUGUGACACCGGGCGCACCACAUUCAUUGGCCAGUGUCCGAGUGGUGUGUUUGACCGCUACCGGGGCAGCUGUAUCACACCCACCACCACCACAACCACCCUGGCUACCACAGUGGAUCCCAGUAAUCCGCUGAGUUACUGCCCGUCCCAUCCACGAAACGUGAUCCCCGACCCUACCAACUGUCAUCGGUACUACCAGUGCAGCACGUACACCACACCCCUGGGGGCGUACCUCAUGGAGUGUCCGUACCCUCAGGUGUUUGACGCCACAUGGACAAUGUGCAGGAAUCAAGCCUACGUCAGCUGUGGGACCAGACCACAACCCCACUCUCAGUGUGACUACAAGCUGUACCAGUGUAUCGGCAUUGACUGUCUACGGUGUAUGGGCGGGAACCCUAUAACCCAAGCCCCCACAACACAUCCUCCCAUCACCCACACUACACGAGCUGCAGGCCCGAACUGUGUGGGCAAGCCGGAUGGGCUCAACCCAUACCCCGGGCGUGAGCUGACUGGUUACUACAUUGUGUGUGAUCAGAACAGACUGAUUGAGACGGGGAUAUGUAUUAUUGAUAAGAUAUUGGACCCAGUCAGGAGGAGGUGCUCCUACCCAGCAGAUCCUGAUGUGAUAGGAGCUUACUGCCAGAAGAACCCGGGUGAGCUGAUCCCAAGUGUUUCCAACUGUGCCCAGUACUACCAAUGUGGCUCCGUAACCAAUGGUUACCAGAACACCCUGGGUGAAUGUGGCUACCCACAGCUGUUCUCCACGAUUGACAACUCUUGUAAAUCCUACACGCUUGUACAGUGUGGACAGAGGGUGGAGCCGGUUUCUCCUUGUGAAUACAUGAAGAAUCAAUGUACCCUGUCAGUGCCCAAUUGUACACCCUGUGAGCAGCGGUUCACUAGCUGCAAGGGGCUCCCAGACGGGCCCAACCCAUACCCUGGGGUCUCAGUCUCCGCCCAGUACCUUGUCUGUGACCUUGGGCGCACUGUGAGGUCCGAGCUGUGCCCCACUGGGUACUUCAGCUCCACAUCCAGGCAGUGUGUCGGUGGCCUCAUUGGGCGCAAAUAGGCCCGGGUCUUAAGGGCUCAAUAAAGUGGUCUAUAUUGUCUUUGCAUGACUAAUUGAUUAGUCAACUCUUGUAUAUUUUUUUGAAUAUUAUUGUGUUUGGCAUGUCUAUGCUAUUUUCAAGUGCUAUGAACAUAAACCACUCAUUAUCAAAGACUUUGAGAAAGAUGAAUGUUAUCCAGAAUGUGAAAUAUGGAUUGCUUUGUUUAUCGUGAGAAAUGGGAAGAUCAAAACAAAAAUUGAAUAUCGAGAGCUUUGUUUCAGUUUACCAAUCCCAUGUUGACAAUGUAUUGCAUACCUACAGGUAGUAAUUGACUUUAGAUUUUGGAGCUUGUUUUGACAUUUUUUUAAGGUCUUCAAACGAAUUUGUGUUACAAGAAAUUGAAAAUAUGACAUGAUUAGACAGGUUUUGUAAAUAAAUUUUGGUGCAUGUA